CACCAAAAAGACGGUCCAGCUUCUGGCCACUCAGUUCCACAAUGGCCGGCGAGAUUCCAGACUGUCUAGGCUUAUCUAUCUUCGGUGGCGAUGUUUGUCCUUCAAGUGUAAAGGAACAACAGUCACGUCUUCCCUCGCGGAGUAUUGUGCAGAGAGUUGUGGAUUUGGAACACUAACUGACGCGUACGUUUCAACUACUCUGGUUAUUUGGGACUCAUGGGCCACUCAUACCUGUCAGCUCUACGGCUCUUAGGUACAUACCAGACUGCUUCCGUAAGUUUGUGCAGCAGUAGAUGUUGACAACGUUACAACAAAGACCGAGGAAUCAACGGCCCCCAGUUAGUCACCCUGUCGAGGAGCUUUAUCAUUGUGGAGUACGCUGGUCUUGGGCAAUGGCAUGCUUUGUCUGGGACUCUUUGCGAAGUGGACUGGAGAAGCAUGCAGGCCCCGAUACGAGACAACAUGGAUUCGUUGGAAAAGACAAUGGAGUAUGGAAAGCCAAUCGCGACCGUAGUGUAUCCAUAUGUGCGUUUCUCUUUACGCCUACCCUGUCAAAGACACUGCGUGGGCAAAAAGCCAAGCACCUUUCCCAAAUGGGAGCCUUGCAUAAGGCGUCGAGAUUUGGUGUUCGGACGAUUCUUAUCCUGUUUUGUCAACUCUGCAUCCAACCUCGCAACCCGGAGCCGGGGCGCCAAAGACCCAACAGGGCGGAGAGCACAGGAGCUUGGUUAGAAAAAAGAAAUGUUCGAUCCUUCCAAGAUGCGCCGCAAUAUGAUUGGCUUCUAUUCAAGCUCCAGGGAGGGCUGAGCUCAAUGUGGGUUUUUACCAGAUCUACACAUCAAGAUUCUAUCCUACCCGCGUCUGUUUAAUGCAGGUGUCACUACGCUCGGUUGAGGAAUUUGGGCCCCCAUGAUAUUGGGAACCAAGGUAUUCGCAGUCUGCCCCUUAGUCCCAAGCGAACAGACCAAAAUUGCGGGACGCACCGAAGAGGAGCUGCGAGAUGGGCCUCCGAUGCCCCAUUCCUGGAGCCACGG